AUGUUUAAUAAGAGGAACCUGGCUUCAAUAAAAAAUCGCAAAUCUGAUGAAAAAAAGGAGGAGGAAGGAGUGACAGCUGAUGAUGAAGCGGAAUUGAAUCCACAAGGAGGCGUUAAGUUAUUUAAAAAGAGACAAAUCGCAAAAAUUAAUAUAACGGGCAAUAAGAGUAAAAAUGUCGAUAAAAAAGAUGUUGUGCCACUAGAAUCGACUAUCGUAGACCUACAGUCGUCAGAGGAGCCGAUAAACAGAGCGACGUCAACAUAUGAAAUUGACACGGAUAAGUCGAUGGAUACGAGAAGUAUACUGGAGAGGAACUUGGAGAUUGGAAAGAAGAUACUCGCAGGAGAACUGGAGGACAAGGUGUACAGAGGAAGGGGAGCAUAUAAGCCAGUGAUGAACGUACGAGAAGAUAGCAUAGCAGCGGCGAAGUACACGGGCCUCUACGGACCAGUGAGAGCAUCGGCGACGAACGUGAGGACGACGCUGCGAAUCGACUACCAGCCUGACAUAUGCAAGGACUACAAGGAGACGGGGUACUGCGGCUUCGGAGAUACGUGCAAGUUCCUGCACGAUCGCAGCGACUACAAGUCAGGGUGGCAGCUGGAGAAGGAGUGGGAGCAGCAGCAGGCGGAAAAGAGGCAGAAGAUGCAGAAGAAGCUGGAACGCUGGCACCGGAGGAUGGAGUCGAAGGCGUCUGAGGACGAGGAGGAUGAAGACGCGGAAUCGUCGGAUUCGGACUCGAACUCAGAUGACUCUGACUCGGAUUCAGAUUCUGACUCUUCGGAGAGUGGCGUCGACGAGGCCGACGCCAGCCUCAAGAAGAUCAUUAAGCUGAGGGCGAGGAAGCUGAAGGUGCCCUUCUGCUGCCUCUCCUGCAAAAAACUGUGGACAGCCGAGAUGAAUCCCGUUGUGACCUCCUGCAACCACUACUUUUGCGAAAGGUGCGUAAUCGAGGCGUACUCGAACGACCUGAAGUGCCCGAAGUGCGACGUGGUAACCGACGGGAUCAUGAACAGGGCAAGCGCGAUAGAAAAGCUGCUGGAAUCGAUAAGUAAGAGUUGA